AUGCCUAAUCUAACAUCGUAUAGUGCUCCACCUAUUCAUUUAAAUCGAGAACUUCCAAAAACUUAUUGUGAUUUAAUUCGGCAUGAAAUCGAUUAUAAUGAUUUUCUUCGUAAACGUAUUGCAAACAUUCAAUCAUCAUUAUCUCAUACAAAUAAGAAACCGUUAAUUAAAACAGCUAAUAACCACCAACGCCGUGCAUAUUUCGAUUACAAUCAACGUUUAUUUUACGUGUAUAAACGUAAUUUACAAUUGUGUCAAAAGAUUCUUCAAAUUUCGACGAAAAAUGGCAGACAACAAGGUGGAGUUGAUUGUCAUAAUGAAAAUUAUAAAAAACAAACAAAAAUUUCUCAUUUUCGUCUACGACAAAAACACUGGAAAGAUACUGUUGAGAAUGAAAAUAAACAAUUUAUUCGUUCUCUAAUAUAUCAUCGAAAUAAAUAUCAACCAAUACACGAUCGUCGUAUAGCUUAUCAAGCUUAUCAGCAGCACUUAAAAUUACUAAAAACAAUGUCACAUUAUCCAAAAUAUAAUAUAACGAAUCCUAUCUAUAAAAAUUUACUUGAUUAUGAUUAUUUGCCUCAACAUUUUUAUUAUAAUUACAGUAAAGCUUACCAUAUAGAUUCAACUGUUUCAUUACGAGUUCGAUGUCAAACUUUGCCUUUUUCUUAUAAACUGAAUAAAAAACCGAAACCUAAAACAAUUCAAACACAUUUCAAUAAAUCAACUAGACGUGUAGAAGAAGUACAAACAAAUAAAUAUGUAGAAAAUAUUUUACAACAAGCAAUAAAUAAAGCAAUUUAUAUAUAUAAUCAACCUCUUCCAUCUGUAUCCAAUUUUUAUUUUGCAACUAGACAAAGUUUUAAAAAGCCGCCGAAUAAGUACCAGGCACUCUUUCGAUCAUCUUCAUGUCGUGAAUUACUUGAACCUUGGUGCAAUAAAAAACAACAUAGAGAACCCUUAAGAACUAAUUCUAUUAAUGAUAAUAUGAUCAAUGAAAAACAUUGUAUUUUUGAUUCGUAUAAUAACAUUCAAAUAACCGAAACAGAUGAAAGUAGAUCAACAUCUCACUAG